AUGGCAGACGGCAUCACCAACACUCAGAAAGCCCACGGUCAAGGGUCUGCCGGAACUCACAACCAGCCCCAGAUGAAGAAAUCCUCGAGCUCUAGCAACAACCGCACCCAUACAUCAACCAUGGCCACCCUCAUAGACGAGUUGGACUACCACCGCGAAUUUCUGGACGACAUGGUUGCCGUCAUGCGUGAUGGCAACGCAGACUCGGUCCAAUCCCUGGUGACUCUUAUCCGCUCGGGUGUGUCCAAGCUCCAGAUCCACCAAGCGGUCCAGAAGCUCAAGAACGAGGAUCCCCACGCCUAG